CGUUUUUUUUUUCCCAUUUAUUCCCUUUUCUUUCCUUUCUUUUUCUCAUUACUUCCAUACAAUGCUUUCUACUAUUGCUCGUAGUGCUGUUACUCAACCCACUCGUUUAGCUUCUCGUGCUUUUAUUUCUACUUGGAAUAAUGUUCCUCAAGGUCCUCCUGAUGCUAUUUUGGGUGUAACUGAAGCCUUCAAGAGAGAUACUGAUCCUAGAAAAAUGAAUCUUGGUGUUGGUGCUUAUCGUGAUGACAAUGGUAAACCUUAUGUUUUGGAUUGUGUCAAGAAGGCUGAAGCUGUUUUACUUGAAAAGAGUUUGGACAAAGAAUAUGCUGGUAUUACUGGUGUACCUGAAUUCAAUAAAGCUGCUGCUGCCUUGGCAUAUGGUGAAGAUAGUGCUGUGAUUGCUGAAAACAGACUUGCUGUGACUCAAUCCAUUUCAGGUACAGGUGCUCUCAAUAUUGGUGCCAACUUUUUGAACACUUUCUAUCCUCAUGCCAAGACUAUUAUGGUGCCUAACCCUACCUGGGGUAAUCACAAUGCUAUUUUCUCUCGUGCUGGUCUCAAGGUGGAAAAGUAUGGUUACUUUGAUAAACAAACCAAUGGAUUGAACAUCAACGCAAUGUUGGAAGAUAUCAAAGCUGCUCCCAAGAAUACCGUCAUUUUACUUCAUGCCUGUGCUCAUAAUCCUACUGGUGUUGAUCCUACCAAAGAACAAUGGGAUGAAAUCUCUCAAGUCAUCAAGGAACGUGAUCAUUUUGCUUUCUUUGAUAUGGCUUAUCAAGGUUUCGCUUCUGGAGAUUGUACCAAGGAUGCUUAUGCUCUUCGCAAAUUUGUCAGUGAAGGUCAACAAGUGGUUCUUUCUCAAUCAUUUGCUAAAAAUAUGGGUCUCUAUGGUGAACGUGUGGGUUCUUUCUCUGUCAUUUGUGCUGAUGCCGAAGAAAAGUCUCGUGUCGACUCUCAACUCAAGAUCUUGAUUCGUCCCAUGUAUUCCAAUCCUCCUAUUCAUGGUGCUCGUCUUGUUAGUACCGUUCUCAACACACCUGAACUCAAACAACAAUGGUUGGAUGAAGUCAAGUUGAUGGCUGAUCGUAUCAUCACUAUGAGAACCAAGCUUAGAAACCAUUUGGAACAAGAUUUUGGUUCCAAGAAGGACUGGAAACAUAUUACCAACCAAAUUGGUAUGUUCUGUUAUUCCGGUAUGACUCCUGAACAAGUGGAUCAACUCAAGGAUAACUGGCAUGUUUACUUGACUCGUGAUGGUCGUAUCUCCAUGGCUGGUAUUUCCUCUGGCAAUGUCAAAUAUCUUGCUGAAGCUAUUCAUAACGUCACCAAGGAUUAGAAACAAGAUGGAAAUGAUAUAGAUUAUAUUUGUCGUUUUUUGAUUCAUUCUUUUUAGUACUUUCCGUAGUAGUUUACAUUUUUUUUUUUUACCUUGUACAUUAUUCCUUUUUAUUUGGUUUCCCACUCCCCUACUCAUCAUUCUUUGCUUUUACAUUUACGUUUCCUUUUUCGUGUUUAUGUUUACCGAAAUGAAAUAAAAAAAAUACAUCUUUGACAACUUUUUU